AAUUCUUUUUAUGCUCUCUUAAGAUAUUUAUUUUAUUUUUUCUGUUUAGGAUUUGUUUGAUUUUUUUUGACUUGCCAACUAUUUUGUACCACUACGUGGUGUAAAACUGGAAGAGGAGAUGUAUAUGGCCGGAUGACCGUAGUGAAAUUGAUCUCCAGAAAUCAUUGAUAAAGAAAGAGAGUUUAAAAGGGGUUUACACGUUAUUGAAUGUUGAAUUGAGGUGAUGGUUAUUUAAUGAUCUAACACCUAUUUGAUGUCAUAUUUUAUUGUAUGAUUGUAUUGUCCACUAUGCCAAAACAAAAAACCAAGGGGGUGACCUUUCAACUAGUUCACAGGAGCCAGCAAGAUCCUCUGGUUAGCGAUGAAACGGCGCCUCAGCGUGUUUUGUUACCGCUCAUAGGAAACGAGUCUAAAAAGGAUAAAGAAAAGCGAUUAGAAGAGCAGGCUAAAUAUGGAAUUUAUUUUGAUGAUGAUUAUAAUUAUUUGCAACACCUUAAAGAUUCUAAAGAUAAUAGAAUGGAAUGGCCAUCACAUAUAGGGGAAGAAUUAAAACAGCAAAAAAAAGAAAAAGUUAGACUUAGCUUACCAUCAUCCGUUUUUGCUUCUGACAUUGAAGAGGAAAUAGGGAUGUUAAAUAAAGCUGCUCCCAUGUCUGGACUGCAACUUGAUUUGGAUCCAGAUAUAGUUGCAGCAAUGGAUGAUGAUUUUGACUAUGAAGAUCCGUAUAAUGAAUUGGAAGAUGAUUUUGUUGAAUUAGCAAAUGACCUCGCCUCUGAUCAGGAACUUGAAGAAAAUAAUUAUGACAAUUUUCUUGACUCUAAUAUAUAUUUGGAUGAAAUUAGUUCAUUAAAAGGCUCUAAAAAGUCAUUUGAAUUUGAUGACUCUAAGUCACAUUUUACUAAUUAUUCAAUGACUAGUUCUGUUAUAAGAAGAAAUGAUCAGUUAACACGGCUGGAUGAUAGAUUUGAAAAGAUAUAUGCAGAAUAUGAAGAUAAUGAAAUUGGACCUCUUGAUUUGGAAGAAAUUGAGGGUCACGUAUCAGAAACAUCACAAAUUGUAUUGCAAUAUGCAGAGGACUUUGCAAAACAGCAGAAUAAAGAAUUAUUAGACAGCAAGAAGAUCACUUACAAGAUUAAAGAACAACUGGCAAAAGAAUCAGAUGAAGAAAAAGAAGGACUGCAAUAUAUAGAAGUCAAAGAGAAAGAGAAAUGGGACUGUGAAUCAAUUUUAAGUACCUAUUCAAAUCUUUACAACCAUCCAAAAGUCAUAAAAGAACCUUUGAAUGAGAAAAUUACAAUUGACAAGCUUUCUGGCAUACCCAACCAUGUUCUUGGCCAAAAAAAAAUAACCAUGGCCGCUUUAAAUCGGUUGAACAAUGAAAAUGGCUCAGUUGAAAACAAGACCGAAAAAGCUAUUGGAGCUGGUUCAGUUGUUUCCCAAUUAUCGGCAUUAUCAAUUCGGGCUAAGGAUGAGUCUCCAGAAGAAAGAAGAAAUAGAAAGAAAGCUCUAAAAGUGUACAGAAAGGAGCGACGAAUCGAGAAGAAAAUAAACAGUGAAGCAUUUAAAGAAGAAUCAAUUAAACAAGCAAAAAUUCAUAUUAAUAACAAAAAUAAUGUACAGGGAAAUAGAAUAUUGUAAAUCAUAAAUACUCAAAAAUAUACAGUCCUACUUCUUGUAAUUCAAUGCCUUUGCAGACUAUCUUCUUCAACGCCUACACUUUUAAUACAUUAACAUUUAUUGUCUUAAAUUUUGCAAAAGUUACUAGAAUUAUUUCUUCGUGCGUGUAUGUGAGGACGAAAUUAUAUG